AUGAAGAGGAAACGCCGUUCGACCGUUCCAACGCACGAACUGCGGACACUGCUCCCACACCGUUUGGCCGAAAUGCAACAGCCCAUAUACGACAUCUCGGGGUACUUGUCGCCCAGGUUCCAAGUGUCUAUGUUAGAAUCCAAGACGCUUCCGUUCAGAUUACGGUAUCUGAGUUCAAUGUUGGACGUACCAUUCCCCGAAGGCACGCGAGGAUUUCUCUACUUCAAGCACAUGCCGAACCUGAGGAGCGAGGUGAGGUGGCGCGUAUGCGAGGACCACGGGGCGUUUGACGGCGGCCAUGACUUGGCUUUACCCUUUGGAGCUGCAUGGUCUAUUCCGUUGAUCAAAAUAUUUAAUUCCAAGAAAUAUUUCGCGCUCCGUUCGCUAAUUUUUCGCGAUGGCUUGGUGGACUCGCAGACUGUUGCUCUACUCGCGAGAGUUACUCCGAACAAGGACGAAGUAAUAUUAUUCGACAUUUUUGAUCCCUUUGUGGUGGACUUUCUAGACAUUUGCGUCAAUAUCUUACUGUUCAAGCGUAAUCUAAUUGCCAGAGGGUCAAUAUAUCAUGUGUUUUCAGAAGCAGCGCUUAUUGAAAGGGCCAAAAACUACGCCGUGUAUUCAGGAAAAGCGUUGGUUCAAUUUGAGAGAUGCCAAGAUUACAAUGGGGACGAGGCGCUAUGUUUACGAUUCUUGGAAUUCUUAACACCGAUAAAGUGCACCAAGCCCGAUUACGAUACUUCCGUGCAGCCACCAGUUGUUGGCGCAUUGUUGCAGAAACGAAAUUCAUCUGACCUCCCAUACCAACCGUGGAUCUUUACACUGAAGUUUUCUGCGUUUGGACGAGCUAUAGCAAAUAUUUUGAGAAUUUCCGUUUAA